UUUAAACGAUUGGUUGUGCUUGACGUUGGAUGGAGUAAAUAUUAAGUAAUAAAGAAAGUAGAUAGAAAGGUUUAUUAGAGUUAGAGUUAGAAGUUAGAUGGAAAAGCUUUAUAUGGAACAAGAAAGAUUUUAACAAGCAUAGGGAUCACAUACGCAUACUCACGAAUAAGACGUAAUAUUUGAAAUUUAUUUUUCUUCUCUUCACAUGUGAUCAACGAAAUCUAGUGUAGGUUAUCUCAUAGGCUAUCUAAUUUAGAUUAAAGAAGUUACAUUUUUAUUAGAAGUGGAUCACCUUUGGAUAAAGCAUAUGUACUAUAAAAAUUGAUUUAUUUUUACAUUUCUACUCUGUUGACCGAAGAAACACUUAUGUAUUAAUUAUUUUAUUGAUCGAUAUUAAUUAAUUAAUUGAAUUAAAGUAAAUAUAUUUUCGUGAGAAGAAAAUGCUUCGCACAUGGUUUUAUUUAAGUCACCAAGGUCUCAAAUUAACCAGUAAGAAACUAUCUAUUAAAUACGGCAUAAAGAAUGACGUUGAGUGUAUUCAAAAACACUUCUCUGGCAUCUAUGGCAGUUUCCAUAGGAGUUUUCAUGUCACCACUUGUACGACCACCUGUGGAAUUCCUAAUCAACAAACAAUGCCUGAUAUUUUGUAUGGUAAUCUCUGGGAUCUCGACCCAGAAUUAUUUAAAUUAAUGGAAAAAGAGAAGAGACGUCAGGAAUCUGGUCUUGAAAUGAUUGCCAGUGAAAAUUUCACAUCUCUCAGUGUACUGCAAUGUUUAAGUUCUUGUCUUCAUAAUAAAUACAGCGAAGGUCUUCCUGGACAAAGAUACUACGGUGGAAAUGAAUACAUUGAUGAAAUAGAAAUAUUAGCACAGAAAAGAUCUUUAGAGGCAUUUAAUUUAAAUCCCGAGGAAUGGGGAUGCAACGUACAACCUUAUUCUGGAAGUCCUGCUAACUUUGCAGUCUACACAGGAUUGUUAGAACCUCAUGGUCGUAUCAUGGGUUUAGAUCUUCCAGAUGGAGGACAUCUUACACAUGGAUUUUUUACUGCAACCAAGAAGAUCUCUGCAACAUCCAUUUUCUUUGAAUCUAUGCCUUAUAAAGUUAAUCCUGAAACAGGUUUUAUUGAUUAUGACAAAUUAGCAGAGCAAGCGCAAUUGUUUAAACCAAAAGUUAUUAUAGCAGGAGUAUCUUGUUACAGCAGAUGUUUAGAUUAUAAAAGGUUUAGAGAAAUAGCAGAUGAAAACAAUGCUUAUUUGUUUAGCGAUAUGGCUCAUAUCUCUGGUUUAGUCGCAGCAGGUUUAAUUCCUAGUCCGUUCGAAUAUAGCGACAUUGUCUCUACUACAACUCAUAAAACCUUAAGAGGUCCUCGUGCUGGUGUCAUUUUUUAUAGAAAAGGUGUUAAAAGCGUAAAAAAGGAUGGAACAAAAAUAAUGUAUGAUUUAGAAAAUAGGAUUAAUCAAUCAGUAUUCCCAGGACUUCAAGGUGGACCUCAUAAUCAUGCGAUUGCUGGCAUCGCUACAACAAUGAAACAAGCAAAAACACCUGAAUUUCUUGCUUAUCAAAAACAAAUUAUUGCCAAUGCAAAGAGAUUGUGCAAAUGUUUAGAAGAUUUUGGUUACAAGAUUAGCACCGGAGGAACUGACGUUCACAUGUUAUUAGUAGAUUUGAGACCCUUCGGAAUUACGGGUUCUAAGGCAGAAAAAAUUUUAGAAGAAAUUUCUAUAGCGUGUAAUAAGAAUACCGUUCCUGGUGAUAAAAGCGCGCUUAAUCCUGGUGGCAUUAGAUUAGGAACGCCAGCAUUGACUACGCGUGGCCUCAAAGAAAAAGAUAUUGAUAAAGUCGCAGACUUCAUACAUAAAGGAUUACUAUUAUCUAAAGAAAUAACCAAAAUAUCUGGUCCCAAACUUGUUGACUUUAAGAAAGUAUUGAAUACUGACCCUGAUAUUAAAGCUAAAGUUGCUGCAUUAAAAAGCGAAAUUGAAACUUUUUCUUACCAAUUUCCAAUUCCAGGAAUUGAACGAUAUUAGCAAUAUGUUCACUUAAUUAACCC